AUGGUGAGCAAGCUGUAUCAGCACACUGACGUCAGCUGCAUGAAGAGCAAGACAUGGCCCGUUGGGGUCAAGGCAAUCUUCUUCACCCCAGGUUGCCAGUGCUACCUCCAGGAUGCCCACGUUCGUGCAAGCUGGAGGGACCGCUGCACCUUCACUGGAUCCUUCGAGCUCGUUGCCGAGGGGGUGCCAGGCUUAUUGGUGCAAGACUUGCGCUUCGCGAAGGUGCCCGAUGUGGAUCUCAGGGCCGACCUGAUCGUUGAGCCACGUUGGGAGACACAAGCCGUCCCAGCCCAAGCUGAUCAGCCCCAAAGAAGCCCGCGAUGCCUCGCCUUUGUCCGUCCAGAUCGGACCAGCUCUUCGAUGCUCGGGCAGCUGUGCAGGGUCAUGACUACCCAGACGAUUGUUCCAAUCUGUCCGGGAUGGACAGAGGCAACUCACGUCUGGGUGCAGGAUGAGGAUGAUUUUGAUCGUGUGCUCAGCGAGGGGCAAGAAGAGGGUCCAACCUCCGUUCUCUUUCUCUGGAGUCUCGACUGCGACGAGGAUGAUGGCUUGUCGGAGGACUGGCUGGACCUCUCUUGCCAAGCCCUCCUGCACCUGGUUAAGGCUUUGCUGCGAUUUCAUCAGCGAGGUGGCUCGAUAGAUCGGCUCGUGGUGGUGACUUCCGGUGCGGUCCAUGUAGCCCCCUUCACAAGCCUGCAUUUGCCACAAUCGACCUUUGCUGGCUUCUGCCGCAGUCUUCGCCUGGAAUGUCAGGGACGAUUGCGUGUGCUACAUGUCGAUUUGGAUCCGAAAGACUGUCUUGCCGACUCAAGUGCCAGCGCCUUAGCCCACGAGAUCGAUGCCAUGGAUGAGGGUGAGCUCGGGCUGGCACACCGUGCUGGUAAGAGGUAUGUUUGGCGCCCACGCUUCGCCCCUGACCCCAAGUCUGGGAGAUAUCCUGGCGACGGUGAUUUGGACUUAGACUCCACCAAGCACCUCAUCACAGGAGGUCUUGGUGCGCUAGGUCUUGAGAUCGGAGCUUGGCUUGCUGAGUAUGGUGCCAGCGAGCUCAUUUUGGUGAGCCGCAACUCGCAGUGGCACCAACGUCCGCACGCGGUUCGGAUCAGUCAAGUGCUUGCAAGACUCGAGGUGGCAGUUGAGAUCCGAGUUGAGCAGUGUAACGUCGCGAAGCGUGGGGAAGUUUCUCAUCUUUUGCAGAGGCACGGGCAUGGGCUGGCAGGCAUUAUUCACGCAUCAGGAGUGCUGCGAGAUGGCUUCAUCGAGUCCAUCACAUACGGUGACUUCCAGAUGGUUUUCGAGCCGAAGGCCAAGGCUGCGUACUGGCUCCAUGAAGCAUCAAGCAACCUGCAUGACCUUCGAAGCUUCGUCCUCAUGUCAUCCAUCGCCGGGGUCUUGGGCUCCCCUGCGCAAGUACCAUACAGUUCUGCCAACGCCUUCCUGGAUGGGCUAGCGGCCAAGCGCCUGCAGCAGAAGAGGUGCUCUCUCAGCAUCAACUGGGGUCCAUGGGCUGAAGUUGGUAUGGCUGCCAAUACCCUCGCCACUCCGAGCAUUAAGAAGCUGCCUCCGGCCAAGGCCUUGGCGAUUUUUGGGCAAAUGCUUCAGCACAGGCAACUUCCACAUGCUCUCGUCGCCGACAUGGAUUGGAAUGCCCUUGCCCAAAGUUCUGGGUCCUCCACGGCAUGGCUGCAUCCUUUGGUUGGAAGCAGGGCGCACCGCCAUGAGGAAAGGAUGGACGAAACCGCAAUCCGCAAGAUCCUCGUGGACUCAAUCAUGGAGAUGCGGAGCGAGACAGAGCCCUUCAGUGGGUUUUCUUUCAGCAGCCUUGACUCCUUGGAGAAGACCGAGCUUGCGAGCACUUUGCAAAGGAGGGGCCUCUCGGAGGUGAUAGCGGCGUCUUUUUUCGCCCAUGAUACACCGGAGAAGCUCUUGAGGCAGCUGGUCUGCAGCCAGGUUUCAGAGCCUCUGAAGCUCGCGCCUGCACAAAACCUCAUUUUUGACUCCGAGAAAGCUCCGUGUGUUCUGACCAGCUUUGCGUGCGAGUAUCCGUCAGGUGUGCAGGACUCUCCGGGACUUCUGCGCUUCAUGCAGGAAAGCAAAGAUGGAGUGAGUGAGAUUCCUAGUACCCGCUGGGAUGUGGACGAGUACUUCUCAGAGGACAGGAUGUAUACUCGCCAUGGGGCUUUUCUUGAGCGUGAUCCAUACUCGUACGAUGAAGCCUACUUCAAGAUCACCGGCUCAGUGGCAGCUUUCAUGGACCCGCAGCAGUGGCUGAUUCUCGAAGCAGGUCAGCAAGCCAUCUAUCAGGCUGGACAGGACCUGCAAACUGACACGGGCGUUUUCGUUGGCGUGAUGACUAGGGACUUCACGGACCUGCUCUGCAAGCACCAGGUGCCUCACGACAUGUAUGCCGGUAGCGGCAACUGCAGCAGCGUCCUCGCGGGUCGCUUGGCCUACCAGCUGGGGCUGCAGGGCCCUACAGCGACGGUAUCCACUGCCUGCUCCUCCUCUCUGGUUGCCCUGGAUAUGGGUGUGAGCAACAUCUUCCGGGGCAAGUCAGCAGGAGCUUUGGCUGGCGGCGUGAAUCUGAUGCUGGGGCCUGAUGUCACGAUCAAUUGCUGCAAGAGCAAGAUGCUGUCACACUUCGGGCGAUGUCGCACCUUCGACGAAAGUGCCGAUGGAUAUGUUCGUGGGGAGGGGGUUGGAAUGUGUUACGUGGGUGUUGGCGACACGACACAAGGUGGUCUAGCGAGCCUUCCUGCGGCAGGUGUCAACCAAAAUGGAUCUGGCGUUGGCUUCCUGAGGCCCAACAGUGCAGCGCAGUCCCAGUUGAUUCACGGAUGCUUGUCUGACGCCAAGAUGGCUGCGAAGGCAGUUGACUUCAUCGAAUGUCAUGGCAGUGGGACAACGAUUGGUGAUGAGGCUGAAGUGGAUGGAUUGAAGCGUGUUUUCUCAGACAUUCGUGGCACUCCUUUGAUGCUGAGCACGGCAAAGUCUUCUUUUGGGCAUCUUGAAGCUGCAGCCGGCAUUCUCGGCCUCCAGCGUGCAGUCUUGGCAUUGCACUCCGCCUUCAUUCCUCGGCACAUCUGGCUUGGAAGGGUGAGUGAACUGAUUCAGAGGAAGCUGGAAGCAAAUUGGGCACAGUUGGUCUCAGAGCCAGUCUCUCUGCACCGUGAUGAAAGCCUCGCGUGUGGUGUCAGCAGCUUCGGCUUCAGUGGAACGAACGCCUCAGUGCUCUUGUCUGGCCCUGUCCCGAUGCACGCCACCGAUGAGGUCUGGAGGGAAGAGUGCCAGCUUAAGAAGAUUCAGAGGCGUAGCCAUGUUCCAGUCUUCAUGUCGCAGAGCGGCCUGCCAGAAAAGCACCAGGGCCCACCCGAGUCAUCUGAUGAUUUCCUCUACUCCGUGCAGUGGCAGACGUCCGUAAAACCAGGCGCCGAUCCCGGCAAACUCUUGGUUUUCAGCUGCUGGUCUGAUGGACACCAUGUCGAUCCAGCCUUGAAGGGCUAUGUCCAUGCAUGCUGGGGUUGUGACCCUGCGACGACCGAUGUGGAAAAGAUCUCGGGUUCCUCAAUGAGCGCCGACAUCCAGCACGUGGUUGCGUCGUUUGCAAGCUCUUGUGAAGGCGUCCUUCUGAUUUGCGCCAACGGGAUGAAGGGACGUUCAGAUGAUGCUCCAAACGUAGACGUCGAAUCGCUGAUCUGUUGCCUCUAUGUGCUGCAGGCGUUGCUGCAGUCUAAGAAGCAGCUGCCUCCGAUUAAAGUUGCUACCUACGCAGCAGAGCCUAUAGGGCUACCAGAAGGCCAAGCCAUCAGCUUGGCACACGCACCGAUUCUUGGGUUCAUUCGAGCUGCGGCCGUGGAAUUCAUUUCACCGCUUCCCCCUCUCAAUUUGGUGGACAUUCUUCCAUCCACAGACCUUGGUCUCGUGGCACGCUGUUGCUGGGAUCUGCGGGCUCCGCGGCAAGCGAUCCGAGGUGAGAUCGUCUACGAGCAGCGCCUUCUGCGUGCAGAUGUCGGAGAAGUCACUGAGGUUGACCUGAGCGGAACUUUCAUCGUUGCCGGAGGGGGCGGUGCACUUGGAAAAGAGGUGUGCUGCUGGCUGGCCUCAAGGGGGGCUUCCAGCAUCGUCGUUCUGCAGCGCAAUCCGAAGCCCUGGAAUUGCGAGGGCAUUAGCAUGUCUUUCCGGAAAUGUGACGUGACAGACGCAGAGGAAGUGCAGCAGUCGUUCGAACACGCGAAAUCGCUCACAGGUGGUAUGCUACCGUGCGGCAUUGUUCAUGCGGCUGGGUCUGUACCUAAGCCUGAAUCGUUGCGCCAUGUUGAGCAUGGCUCGCUUGAAGAGUUCGCGAAGUCUUCAGCUCUCGGGGCUUGGAACCUACACGAUCUCGCAGCUAAGCUCAAUCCGCAUCUCCAGCACUUUGUUGUUUUCUCUUCUUCGGCAUCAGUUCUGCCCGUGAGUGGCCAAAUCACCUAUGCUGCUGGCUGUGCAGCACGAGAUCAACAAGCCUCGUUCCGAAGGCAGAUGGGCCAGCCCGGAGUUGUUAUCAACUACGGUCUCUGGAAUGAGGUCGGGGCCGGCGCACAGGACGGCUCCACCGACAAGCUUCUGGUUCCGGGCAUGGGUUCUCUCGGAACUCGAGAAGCACUGAAGGCGCUGGAGGCAGUUCUGAGGAGUGGAUCGUCACUGCUGGCAAUUCCGCUGAACUGGCAGAGGUUCCAGUCCCAGCUGGACUCGGGCGCCAUGAUCUUCACGAAAGCUUGCCAUUCCCAGCUUGCUGUUCCCGCUGAUGAAGACUUGUCCAGCCGUCAAGGCAUUGCUCAUUGCGUCCACAAGGUCAUCCUGGAAGUUUCGAAGAACUCAGAAGUUCCAGAUGACUCUGCAGUGCUCACGGACAUUGGGCUGGAUUCCUUGUCGCUGAACACGGUUGCGGAGAAGUUGAAUGAGAAAGUGGGCGAGAAGAUCAUCUCAGCAGCGUCGUUGAUGGAUGCCGAUGCCACAGUUGCGAGUGUUGUCGAAAGAAUUGCGAAUUGCUUGCUUGCAGAUGAAGAUGGAGGUGAUGUAGUUCAUUGCGUGCGACGUCAGUUGGCCGACCGACCCGCGCGUCUUCGGGUCCUCCGGCAAGGAGAAAAUCAAAGCACGGAGAAGUGCAUCAUCUUCAUCCAUACCAUCAUGGGCAACGUCUUCAUGUAUCGAUCAAUCGUUGGAUGCUUGAGUGACUAUCACGUGCUCGGUAUUGACGAUCCCUACUUCCGUUUCCACGAUCGUCACUUCGGAAGCAUCGAGGCGAUGGCCUCAUGCUACGUGGAUCUAAUGCUCGAAGCCUCGGAGAUCCGCGAGCCCUAUCAGGUCGCUGGCCUCUCGUUCGGAGGAGCCGUCGCCUUUGAGGUGGGCCGCCAGCUUUCCAACAAGAACAAGCUCGCUACGGUGAUCAUGCUCGACACCGUGUGCCCCAAGCCGGGCCACCUACAGCUUAAUCACGACUUGCCUCCGGAGCAAAUCAUGGGCAAGCCCGAAGAGGACCUCAACUUGCUAUACCAGCAGGAGCUGCAGAACAAUGAGAGAAUUCUCAAUGCUUAUGAUCCGACCACGCAUGGACAGCCUGGGACUGAGACUCUCCGCGUGGUGCUCUUCAAGGCCCGCAGCACUGACCUCACAGAGCAGAGCCUGAAGGGUGUCGGUGACACAUUGAAUGGUUGGCGUUGGCUUUUGCCGGAAGUCUACAGUGUGCCUGGCUCUCAUUUCUCCCUGUGUGACACGUACUAUGCUGAGCGAACAGCUUUCGCGAUGCAGUAUGUGCUCAAGCAGGAGCCGAUGAAAUUGUCAAGCAUCGAAGACCUUUGGCAUCACGCUGUCCGUCAGGGUGACGAGUACCUUUACAGUAGCCUUGCAGAGGCAUACCCGUCGAUGGACUUGCAGUCCAGAUGGAACAGUGCAUUGAUGUCGGCCUCGGAGAAUGAUGAUAUUUCUCUCAUGGUGGAUCUCUGCAAGAAAAUGCAUGAUGCAAGGAUUGAGACGGAGCUUGACGGGGCCCUGGAAAAGGCCAGAGCAGCAGAGAAUCUGCAAGCCUUCACCUACCUGGAUGCCUUGAAGCGAUUCAAGCAUCCACCAGGAACCAAGCUGCGCAUGUGUGGCGAAAACAGGAAGCAGUUGCAGAUCUUCUCCGCACCUACUCGUUGUUUCGAGAGGAAGCAUCAAGCUUGGCUGGGUACCCUGGCGGCUCUGAACGCCUCCGGGGCUGCUUCCGAGGGCUCAGAAGGGCCCCUUGCGGAACAACUCAGCAUGCUCAAGAAACGCUAA